UCUCCAAACAAUCGGAAGGCUCCUUCACGCACCACGCAGAAUGCAGCUCAGUCUGUGCAGCAGCUGCGUGAAAGUGGUGCACGACAUGCUGAUGACUUCAAGCAACUGCGGCAGCAAUUGGCCAUCCGACCAAGAAGACAUAUUUCGCCUCCUGGUGCAUGGGAGAGAACAUUUUGAAAUAUUAAAGAAAAUCAAGGAAAACCUGGAGCUGAUCCGAACGCUGCCCACGGAUGCCAAUGUGUUGCGCAACCUGCAGCAACAACAAUACGUGACGGAAUUGCGUGGCAGGCCGUUCAACCUCAGCCGACACGGCAGCGAGUGUUCACAGGAAGUCUUGGCCGGCAGCCAGGGACCCUCCAGUGCCGGCGAAGGUUCCUCACCAGGCGUUGCACAGAAUGUUGUGACGGGUGAAGCAAAUGGAUCCAAUGGUCCCCCACGGCCACCGGACGGAGACAACCCACGGGCCCGGCUUGGAACCCUGCCGGACAGCGGCAAGCCUGGCAACGCUCUUUACAACUUCCUGAAACAAAUAGACUGCUUGGAGUUUUUGGAGAAUUUCACUUCGCGUGGAUUGUCGAGUGUCCAACAGCUGAUGGACGUCACUCUGCAGGACUUGGAUGAACUGGGAGUCCCAGAAGCCAAAAAGCGACUGCUAUUGAGUGGAAUCGAAGAGCAUGGCGUGUCCACCACGAUCUCCAGCGAGACGACACUGCAGCGCUCGUCCAGUGAAGAGACAGUCCACCUCAGCUCCGAGGACGACGACGAUGACGGCAUCGACACCAAGGACGGCAUCCUUGCCAAAGUGUUCCCAGCGCUGCGGCCCUCUGGCAGGAAUCUGUCCUCUGUCGGCAAUCGGUAUCGCAAAAGCAGCAUUGCCAAAUACAAUUUGCGAGCGUACGCUCGCCAAGCCGUUGCCCUUCCUCGUGCUGGCAGCUGGGGAGGCAGUAGCAGCCUGGAGGUGCCCAGGAGCAAGAUGCCAAAUUCUCUUCAUGCUCUGACAUCGAAGAAGAAGAGGGGCUGGAGUGAGGAGAGGAGGGGGCCCCUCUCCUCCUAG